GCGAACUGGGAAUUAAACUGAAGGAACUAAUAGAGAACACUUCCAAGAAUAGGACAACAACGAACUUGGUAAAUAUAAGCGACGAGUCAGAAUGUUAUGACCGCUUAUUCGACGAAUUAAUCGAAGUUAAGCAGAGCGUAGCAAAUAUGUCAAGCGCUAUGAACAAACUUUACGAUCAUGUAGCCUUUACAGUUAAUUACAUAUAUAGUCAAGACCUAACCCGCUCAAAGAAAACGGUGUCUGAAUGUGGUAUACAGACGGAUAUAUACCCGAUGAGUACAAAUCUUGCUCACAUUGAUAAUCAAGGCACAAUCUUUAAGAAUGCG